AUGACGAUGAUGAGCGUCCUAUUUGGACUUCUUUCGCUCCUGUCCCUCUCCCUGCUGCUAUCGUCGACCCCAUAUGCGGGCUCGGCUGUAGCCGCACAGGACAAGCGUAGCGAAUAUGGCACGGUCAUCGGUAUUGACUUGGGUACGACCUACUCGUGUGUAGGUGUCCAACGUCAGGGCCGUGUCGAAAUUAUUGCCAACGAUCAAGGUAACCGCAUUACGCCAUCGUAUGUGGCAUUCUCGAAGGAUGAUGAACGUCUGAUCGGUGACGCAGCUAAGAACCAGGCUGCUCAAAACCCCGAGAACACAAUCUUUGAUGCGAAGCGUCUGAUUGGUCGCAAGUGGGGUGAGGCCGAUAUUAAGAAGGAUAUCAAGCACCUUCCCUUCAAGCUCGUUGAGAAGAAGGGCAAGCCAGCGAUUCAGGUGACUGUUCAUGGCAAAGAGAAAGUAUUCACGCCCGAAGAAAUCAGCGCUAUGGUGCUGCAGAAGAUGAAGGACACAGCCGAGUCGUACCUUGGCCACAAGGUCACCCACGCUGUUGUUACGGUGCCUGCUUACUUCAACGAUGCGCAGCGUACCGCGACGAAGGAUGCCGGCACGAUUGCGGGUCUGGAAGUCCUGCGUAUUGUAAAUGAGCCGACAGCGGCUGCCAUCGCAUAUGGUCUCGACAAGAAGGAGGGCGAGUCCCAGAUCAUCGUGUACGAUCUGGGUGGUGGUACCUUUGAUGUUUCGCUCUUAUCCAUCGACUCUGGUGUGUUCGAAGUGCUUGCCACCGCUGGUGACACGCACUUGGGUGGUGAGGACUUUGACAACCGUGUGUCGGAGUACUUGCUCAAGCAAUUCAAGAAGAAGGAAGACCUUGAUGCGUCUAAGAACAAGCGCAGUGUUGGUAAGCUCAGGCGUGAGGUCGAGCGUGCCAAGCGUACGCUCUCGAGCCAGAUGAGCACAAAGAUCGAAAUCGAGAGCUUCUUCGAAGGCAAGGACUUGUCUGAGACACUGACGCGUGCUAAGUUCGAGGAACUGAAUGCAGACCUCUUCCGCCGCACACUCAAGCCUGUUGAGCAGGUGCUCAAGGAUGCCGGUGUGAAGAAGGACGAGGUCGACGAUGUUGUCUUGGUCGGUGGCUCUACCCGUAUCCCGAAGGUGCAGCAAAUGCUGAAGGAGUUCUUUAACGGCAAAGAACCAUCGAAGGGUAUUAACCCAGAUGAAGCCGUCGCAUGGGGUGCGGCUGUCCAGGGCGGUGUUCUGUCGGGUGAUGAGUCGCUCGGUGGUGUCGUGCUGAUUGAUGUGAACCCGCUCACGCUCGGUAUCGAGACAACCGGCGGUGUGAUGACCAAGUUGAUUCCACGUAACACAGUCGUGCCGACCAAAAAGAGCCAAAUUUUCAGCACGGCUGCUGACAACCAGAACACUGUGCUGAUUCAGGUGUUCGAGGGUGAGCGCUCGAUGACGAAGGACAACAACCUGCUUGGCAAGUUUGAAUUGAACAACAUUCCUCCAGCUCCACGUGGUGUUCCUCAAAUUGAGGUUACCUUCGAGGUUGACGCGAACGGCAUCAUGAAGGUGUCGGCAGCCGACAAGGGCACCGGACGUAGCGAAUCGAUCACAAUCACGAAUGACAAGGGUCGUCUCUCGAAGGAAGAGAUUGACCGUAUGGUCGCUGAGGCAGAGGAGUUCGCGGAACAGGACGAGGCUAUUCGGAAGCGUGUCGAGGCCGUGAACAACUUCCAGAACUUCAUCUCGAUGCUGCGCACCCAGAUCACCGACAAGGAAGGCCUGGGCGGUAAGCUCGAGUCGAGUGACAAGACUACUAUCCAGCAGCACAUCAAGGAUGCUGAAAAGUGGAUGGAAGAGAACGGCGAGUCUGCCGAGGCUCAGGACAUCGAGGAGCAGCUCUCAGAGCUCCAGGCGGCCGUCUCGCCUAUCACUGCUAAGGUGUAUGGCGCCGGUGGCGGCAGUGGUGCCGGCUCGGAUGAGCCCCUGAACUACCACGACGAACUUUGA